AUGCAGUUACAAUUGCAAGUUCUUUCUGAUGAGCAAAACCAGCCCAUCACUGAGUUGAAAGACUCGGUCACUGAGUUGAUUGUCCCGAGUCUCGUUAAGCCGUUGACUAAUGUUAUGUUUCAACAAGCAAGGGGGUUUAGAGAAGCAAAGGGCAUUAUUGUAAAUACAUUCAAGCAGUUGGAAUCCUAUGCGGUCGAGUCUUUCUCAGAUGGUAAGUUGAACAACACCCCACCUGUGUAUACACCGGGACCCAUUUUGAAUUUAGAGGGUGAUGAGAUUGAUCGAGAAUCAGGUGGAUCCAUCUCAAUAACAAAGAUCAAGGAGUGGCUUGAUGAUCAACCGCCAUCAUCGAUUGUGUUUCUUUGCCCCGGGAGCAUGGGAAGCUUCAGUGAGGACCAGGUGAAAGAUAUCGCUUGUGCGCUUGAACAUUGCGGNGAGUAUACGCCAUGA